UCUCUUUUCUGCGUCGGUGCGUUGUUGUACAGCUGAGAAUUCGAUGCUUUUUGCUUGUAAAUUUUCAGUUCCCAAUUGGAACAGAACAAUUGGGAGUUGGAGCCGCCGGCGGAGGAAACCCACCUGACCAGCAUCGUGCUCGCCCAAACCAAUGUGAUUGGGAUCACCAAACUGCACCGUUGAUCACUGACGCGUGAGACCGAUUCCACAUGUACAAGUCACAACCACGCCGUCUCGUCAGAAGCAACCGGCCUCGGCCACCACCACCCCGCCCCACCCCUGUCCGUCCCAAAUCCCCCGCCCCCGCCCCCGCGCCAACCCAAUCCCGCGCUCACCACCACGCGCCCGCCUAUGCUGCCCCGGCGCCACAGCGCGCACUCCACGACGGCGCGGCACCACCCGCGCCGCGCACGCAGCCUCCUCCUCCUCCUAGUCCUCCUCCUCUCAUGAGGGACGAGGACGACGACGACGCCACCCCGCCCGGCAAGAGGAAACCGUCGCCGUCCUACGCGAAACAACCGCGCGACAAGGGCCGGCCGCGCGCGGACGGGGGGAUGCGCAUCGUCGUGCCGCUGCAGGGGGUGGUGCAGGGCCGCGGGGGCCUCGUGCUCGGCUCCCUCAUCCCCUGCGCCCUCUUCUACUUCCUCCAGCUCUACAUCAAGCGCAACCGCCCGCCGCCCGGAUCCCCCGGAUCUGUCGCCUCCGCCUCCGCUGCCGCUGAGGCCAAUUCAACUUCCUCCUUGAUCCACCGCUCCCUCUCCCGCGGUCUCCUCUUCUCGCGCGCAGCGCUCCCGGGCCUCUCCGCCCGCGGCGCUGUCGUCCGCGCCGGGGACGAGGUCUCCCUCUACUACGCCGGCCUCCGCCGAUGCGCCGACGACCCCUACCACCCGGCCACCAACCCCGCCGGCCUCAUCAACCUGGGCCUCGCUGAGAACCACCUGUCGCUGGAUUUGGUGGGGAGGUGGAUGGAGGAGCACGCGGGGGCGGCCAUGCUGGAGGGGAUGACGGAAGGACGAGGGAAGGAGGAGAGGGACCUCACCAUCAGGGGGCUCGCCACCUACCAGCCGUACGACGGGAUACUUGCCUUGAAGAUGGCUCUUGCCGGAUUUAUGAGGCAAAUCAUGCAUGAUUCGGUGUCCUUUUAUCCAUCUCAAAUGGUGAUUACCUCUGGUGCAACUCCUGCAAUGGAAAUACUGAGUUUCUGUCUUGCUGAUUCAGGAAAUGCAUUUCUUGUCCCAUCACCUUACUACCCUGGUUGGGACAGGGACAUAAAAUGGCGAACUGGUGUUGAGCUGAUACCUGUUCCUUGCCGUAGCACUGACAACUUCAACAUUAGCAUCACUGCUCUAGAAAUGGCCUACAAACAGGCAAAGAAGCGAGGAGUAAGGGUUCGUGGUGUUCUCAUAUCUAACCCUUGCAACCCUACAGGAGGCAUUGUGCCCAGGGAAACACUGCACGAUCUUUUGGAGUUUGCUGCUGAGAAGAACAUACACUUGAUUUCUGAUGAAAUAUUUGCUGGUUCAACGUAUGUAAGUGAUAGAUUUGUCAGUGUGGCAGAGGUUAUCAAUGAGCUAGAAGACUUUGAUAGAGGCAGGGUUCACAUCAUAUACGGACUUUCAAAGGACCUAUCUCUUGCGGGAUUUCGAGUUGGAGUGAUAUAUUCCUAUAAUGAAAACAUUGUGGCAGCUGCUGCUAAGAUUGCUAGAUUCUCGUCUGUGUCAACUCCGACACAACGCCUGCUUGUUUCCAUGCUUUCAGACCAAAAGUUCAUUUCAAAUUACCUAAAAAUUAACAGAGAGAGACUCCGGAAAAUGUAUCUUUUGUUUGUUGAUGCUUUGAAACAAGUGGGGAUCGAAUGCUUCAAGAGCAGUGGAGGGUUCUAUUGCUGGGCAGACAUGAGCAGGUACAUCCGGUCUUACAGCGAGAAAGGAGAGCGCAAGCUUUGGGAUAGGCUGUUGGAGGAGGCAAAGGUCAAUGUUACCCCAGGUUCAUCUUGCCAUUGCAUUGAGCCUGGAUGGUUCAGGUGUUGUUUCACAACAUUGAGUGAGCAGGACAUUCCUCUCUUAGUGGAAAGGCUCAGGAGGGUUACAGACACCCGCAAAUCAAACCGUUGAAAGACUAGGUUCUCUUUUCGAACUCCUGAGGUAUUGAAAUAACUACAUCUCGGCGGGUGCUCCACAAUGGAAUGCAGGGACACUCAGGAAAAAUGGAAAAACCCAUCAUUAUGUUUUGGUAAUAGAAAUUUGGUCUUUGAUAGAAUUGGUGGAGCGAAGAAUGGGAUUCUGGAAACAUGUUGAUAUCAGUCGCGAGUCCACUGUUCGUGAGAUCUGCCAUGCUGCAGCAAUUUGGAUGGUUGUACCUUGUUGAUCUCAGCUGCUUCCCCUGUAGGUGCUUCAGAUGGGAAAUGCCCGUCUGGUGAUAGGUUGAGCCGAACCUUUCAUGCACUCUUGUUUUUUCUUUUCCUUUGCCUUUUCUUUUGGUUCUUUGAUGAGAUAAGCUAGUGUCCAGGUUUGUUUGUCCUUUGUAAAGCAACAGUUCCUGCUUGUGCCAGGGUUUUGGACGCAGCUCAUACGUUGUCGUUAAAAGUAAUUUAUUUUUUGGAGGGGUUCAUA